CGGCACGUGCCACUUUUCGCGGCAAAGUAGGAUUUGGCGCGUGAAAAUCAGCUCCUCUGUUUCCGAUCAGCUGGAACAACAACAAAAACAACCGCGCGCGCGACGCCGAGGCGGAAAAGCCCGAGCUGAUCUCCUAAACCCUGGACACUUAAAGCGGCUAUAAGGAACAUCUGAGCGCUUCUGGAGCUUUAUAUUUACACCUGCGAGCUUUGGAUGAUUGUUUUGUCCUUUGUUUUUUCUGCUAAAACUUCCUGAAUGAGCCGAGAACCAGCCCGAGCUGCAGGAAGAGCUGAAAGAGAAACCUUCUUUGUGCUGUCAGAUCCGCUUCUUCUGCAUUUUCUCUAAAGAAUUAGUUGUUUUUAUUCCUAGAACCUGCUUCUGCAUGAAAGUUUUAGCGAUUGCAUUUUGAAAAUGGGCAAAAAGUUCAUCUUUUUAGGCUUUUUUGGCCUGUUUCUCUUUCCAGUGCUUGUUGCCGAAUAGGCCUGAGCUUGUCUAAAAGCUGACGUGAUUAUAACUGAUACAUUAUAAAUGAUAAUAUGCAUUAAUAUUAGUGUGUAUUGGUGGUGGUUUUUUGUUGCUGUUUUUAUGCUUAAUCUCUGAACUGCAUGUGUGUUCAGAGAUUAGUGCCAAAACAAAGGAGACUUGAAGAAAUUCAUUACAAUUAAAGUUAGAUUGCAUGAAUAUUGAAUGAUGAAAGCUACAAGUCUGGAGUUGUAACAGGUUCAUAAAGUCAACCUGAAGAUCUGAAGCCAGAGAUUUUAGACUUUUGUAGUGUUCUGAAACUACAAAAAACAUUAAGCUCUUCAGAUUAGUGAUCAAAUGGGUCAUCAAUAUCAGUUUAAAAGCAUACAGCUGAAAUCGAGUGUAAUUUUACUAUUUAACUUCUCCUCAUCAUCAUCAUCAUCAUCAUCAUCAUCGGUGGAGCUCUGAGACAGGAAGCUGAUAUAACUGGUUAUUAUAAGACAGGGUGAAAGGUCACAUCUCGGAUGGCGGACACGGUGGUUUCUGCUCACAGCUCAGAGGAUCUCCUGGCUGACUUUGAGACUCUCCUGAACAGUGGCAGCAUCGACCUGAGCGCAGAUCAUCAGAUCGUCAUCAUCUCUCCAGCGUGCGGCGGUGUGGAGCUCCUCCAGCCCCGGAGUGCCGGAGCGGAUCUGCUGCUGUUCUCCACCCCACACAGCACCGCGCCACCCGGCGUACAGCAGCGCAGAGACGCCGCGCCGGGCCGCCCGCCGGUGAAGAGGAAGUUGGAUUUGGACAAUGAUCACCAGUACAUCAGCACUACCAGACCACCUCCACCAUGUCCUGCUCCUCCUGCUACGCCCGGACGUCCCAGAGUCCCUCGUCUCAGCACGGAGAAAUCACGCUAUGACACGUCCCUGAACCUCACCACCAAGCGCUUCCUGGACCUGCUGGCUCAGUCCCCGGACGGCGUGGUGGACCUGAACUGGGCCUCGCAGGUGCUGGACGUCCAGAAGAGACGCAUCUACGACAUCACCAAUGUCCUAGAGGGCAUUCAUCUCAUCUCCAAGAAAUCCAAGAACAACAUUCAGUGGCUUGGUAACCGUAUCGACGGCGCCUCAGUGGCUCGCUAUCAGGAGUUACAGAGAGAAGUGUCUGAACUGUCUGAUGCUGAAGACAAACUGGAUGAACUCAUCAACAAGUGCAGCCUGCAGCUCCGCCUCCUCACCGAGGACUCGGAGAAUAAGACGCUGGGGUAUGUGAGGUGUCAGGACCUGCGCAGCACCGUGGACCCUCCGGAUCAGAUCGUCAUCGUGAUCCGAGCCCCACCUGAGACGCAGAUGACCGUCACCGAGCCCAGUGAGGGGUACCAGAUCUCCCUGAAGAGCACCAAGGGUCCCAUCGACGUGUUCCUGUGUCCUGAGGACAGCUCUGGAGUUUGUAGUCCUGUAACAGGCUGCAGUCCCGCAAAAUCAUCCACUCACAGCCCUCCUCGUCCAGCCUCGUCCGCACAGGAAGCGAGCUCAUCGACGCCAGCGACGAUCCCGAGCGCCUCCCCGCUUCCUUUAGUGAGCGAGACAGAGUCACUGCUGGACCCGUUCUCAGGCAUCAGUGAGAUGGCCGACUUUGACCCCUUGACGCUGGGAUCGUCAGACUUCCUUUUGGAUCGGGCUGGUCCCGGUUCCGGCUCGGAUCCCUUCAGCCUGCCGAUCGACAGCUUCAUCAGCUUGUCUCCGCCGCACACGCAGGACUACCACUUCGGUCUGGAGGACCACGAGGGCAUCAGCGAACUGUUCGACUGCGACUUCACCGACCUCGGCCCUCUGUUCUGAGAGUCUCUGUUCGUAUCGUCCCUCUCCUUCACUUUAUCACUUAGCACCAUGCCUCUGUCAGUGGGCUAAAAAUAUUGGCACCCAUUUUUAAAGGCACUUUUUCGAAAUUUGUCUGACAAAAAAAAUAUAUAUUUCCACUCAUCUGGAAGAAAAGGAAAAACUGACUCCCGUUUGCAUCUUCAGCACUUCCUGCUUCAUCAUGCUAAAAAUUGCUGCAGCUCAGAGCUGCCUUUCGUCCGUCACCAGCUCUUCACACCAGCCAUCUCCGAGCUCUGCUUCUCUAAUCAGUUUAAUUUAUUUAUAUAAAAAAUAUAUCGUAAUCUUGUUUCUUUUAUUAUUGUUUAAAUUUCGAGGUAGAUGUAAAGAGGGUUGUGUGUUAUGUGCAUAGAGAGGUGUAUAUAGUGUGUGUGUUUGUGUAUGUGUAGAGUUUUGAAUCGUAAGGUUUUGCUCAGGUGAAUAGACGAGUCCUGCGUUACGAUACGUGUUUUAUAACGCGCCCUCGUCGAUCUGUCCUUGUGCGUAACGGACGAGUGGCCACUUGCAGCGGUAGAGAAGUGUGUAGUGCUUUUCUUUCCUAGCUUGCAAAGUAGCUAGCAGCGCACACUGGCGAGGUUAUUUUAUCCAACAUGUACAGAUGUAGUCAUGGUUGUCUACGUAAAACCCUACGUUAAAAAAAAAAAAGCAUUAGAUUGCACUGCAUUCUGGGUAGUUGAUCCCUCGCCCUUCAGCCGAACUGAUAACGUAACAAAAAUUAACGUUAAAAUGGUGACGGUGAUAUAACCAUGGGAAAGUUGACAAGGGCGUGUUAUAAAAAGUAUUGGCACCAGGCUUAUUAGUGUGUUUGUGGUUGUUGCUUGAAUUCAUGCAGGAUUUUUUUUUGGAGUACGUUUACAGAAUGUCUGUGCGUUGGCGGUGGUUUUUCAUUGGUUGAUUUCCGAUAAAUCUUUUCAGUCAUUCGUAAUACAGCUUAGCGUGUGCUGAUGUUAACAUUUCACCUCACGAUGAUCGCAAAAUCUUUCCACACACUUUACAAUAUAAUCGUAGCAUUGCAUUUCUAAGCAUUCGAUAUAUCUAUAAUGAGUAUCAUAACAUGACAUCAUAUAACUGAUAAUCAGCAAAAGCCUAAAUGCAGCACUGCUAUAUAUAUGUGGGUGGGGCGAUAUGACAAUAAAUCAUAUCACGAUUCUUGAAAGUAUUUUUACAAUACAUGAUAUGUAAAAACAAAUACUUAACCCUGAAAGGGAGGAAAAAAUAAAGGUUUAAAGAUUUUACAAUUUAAAAGGUUAAGUACACAAUUUUAUCAUCACAUAAGCUCCAUGUAGUCAGUUUGUGAUUUAUAAUAAAAAAUGUAAUACAAAGAUAUCACGAUAUCUUAGAAAAGUGUAUUGUGAAUGUGAAUAAUUUAUCAUGAUAUUGAUAUUAUAUUGUCAUAUCGUCCAGCCCUACUGCCAUAAUGAUCCACAAGAACGUCAUAGCUCAUCAGAUUCCUUUCAAUUGUAAAUGUAACCUUCAUCCAGGAUGUGUGUGUGUGUGUGUGUGUGUGUGUGCGCGCAUGUGAUUUAUUAUUUUUUUUCGAUCUCGCACAUCUUGCGUCCAAAUCUUACUGUAACUCGCCUGAUCCUCCUCAUUUCCCAUUUAAUACAGGUUCCAAUUAUCCAUUAUGUGAACGUGAUUUCUUCAACUGCUACCUAAAACUAAUGUAACAAAAGUCCCUAAUUAAAUAUUUAAUAUAAGGAAUACCAUUUAUUCUUGUAAGUAUAUUCAGUAUAAAAAAAGAACUAAAGGAGCUAUGAGGAGCUGCACAGUGCUUUGGUUUUGGGGGGGGGACAUUUGAAGGGAAUUUCUCAUUAAAAGUAGGAAAGGUCCCUUGUUUGGAGGUUAAAUGUAUGAUGUCAUCAGUGUGCGCCUCUAACGUGUUGCUCUGGAGUGUCUUAAAAUUUCCCCUCAGACAGGAAUUUAGCAUUUCAGUGCAGAAAAUUAAACACAGUGGUUUAUUUGUUAAGAAUAUUCAAACGUUUGCUGCAAGCCCGUUCAGAUUUAUGCCUUUUCUUUUCAGAAAUAUAAAGAGCUUUGUGUGGAGUGGUUAAAAAGGAAGAAAUCACGAUCACUGUAGUUCAGUUAACGUUUAGCUAUAUUACGUCAUUAUGAUUUUAUUUCAUCGCUUUAGUCUCCCAGAAACAGGCAUUUGAACUGCCGUUUAUAACCGUGUUUGUACAGCGAUAGAUGAAUUUAUUUUAAUUAUUUUUGUUAUUAAUAUUUCUCUCUAUUUAUUUUUUUGGGGUCCUGAAAUGGUCCUCAUAGUGUAGUCUUUUUUUUUUUUUUUUUUUUUUUGCUAGCUUGCCCUCUAGCUAGUUAAUUCCCAGAAAUGGAAAUAUUUAAGUAUUUCACCUUUUCAACUUUUUCAUUUUUUUUUUUUUUUUUUUCUUCCUCCCUUUCCACCUGUAAUAAUGUAUACACUGGUAGUUCAUUUUUACACACAGAAAUUCAGAUUAACAUUAGGUGCCAAAACUUUUGAGAUCUCUCAGUUGACUGAAAGAUCAAAGUUGUUUUUUUUUUUGGUUUUUUUUUUUGUUUGUUAUUUUCAAAUUUUGCAAAUGUACCAUUUUAUAAGCUUCCCUUUCCACUUAUUUUCUGUAAAAUGAAUAAUUUCUUGUAAUAUGUUCUACACUGGCUCUGAGUUUCGUUACUAUUUGAACACUCUCGCGUCGACUUUCCCUCACAACUAACGUCUAACGCAUUCGUAUUCAUCACUUUUACAAGAAUAUUCCAAAGAAAAUCAAGAUUUUCUAGAGACACAGAAAUGUAGCUUCUCAGCAUGGCACAACAGACAGAUUGGUUAGCCAUCGAUGCUAAGGGAAAUUAUUGUUAAUUUUACUCACGCUGAGUAUUUUUCUAGCAUUUUUCCAACACAUCUGAGUGAAAUGUUGAUAUUCUUGACAGUUUUAUGUAGUUUUUACUGUCACUCCGUCUUUACAUAAGUCUGUAUCAAAGACUUAACAGCUAUGUGCUCGCUAGAUCGCUAUAUUUCUAGUGUCAAUCGUAGGCUCUCUGUCUGUGAAGUAUUUUCCCGGUGCUUUUUUUCCCUGGAAUUUUCUUACUACUUUAACCAUUUAAACGGAGCUAAUGUCUUUUGUUCACAUUCUUACAUCGAAAGCACAAAGUCCCAGAGUCAUUUUGCUAACUAGCCGACUUGCUAGCUAGUAAAAAUUUAUAAAGUUGAAAUAAUUGUUAGCGUUUCUGCCUUUGGGUAAUAUUCUCCUUCCAAUGUUCUUGAUAGAACCCUAAACACAGUGGCGAGGAUUGAACCGAGGGCAAAUAGGUAGGGGAAGUCGACGAGGGCGUGUUAUGAAUGUGGUAUUGGAACACAGCCCUGGUUCGUAUAACUUAGUUUUAAGUUAGUAAUCUGUAGAGGUUUUAUUUAAUAAGCUAUUUCAAUCAUACAUGAGUAUGAGAUAAUAAACUGCCUGUGUGUGUCUGUGUAUGUGUGAGUGUGUGUGUGUGUGUGUGUGUGUGUGUGUGUGUGUGUGUGUGUGUGUGUGAGAGAGAGAGAGAGAGAGAGAGAGAGAGAGAGAGAGAGAGAAAAUGUGGCUGGGUUUUCAGAAAGGCAGCUUGUUCUACUUUGCGAGUGUGCACUUAAGUGUGUGUGUGCGCGUUUGUGUGCGUGCCUGUACACGUGUGUGUGGUGUAAAUGCUUAGUCGAAAAAUAUCUUGGGUUGUGUGUGUGUGUGUAUAAAGGUUUUAUUUGUUGUUUCAAAUGUGUGCAGUGUGUUGAAGAAGUUUUAGAGUUUUUCCAUUUGGUUUGGGGAUUGUGUGUGUGUGUGUGUGUGUGUGUGUGUGUGUGUGAGUGAGUGAGUGAGUGUGUCUGGGAUCAUGAUGUCACAUUAUUCAUUCUGUAACUGACGCAAUUUAUCCUGAAGUGCAAGAAAACAGUUGAAUCUUUUAAUCACCAUCCAGCUGAAAGAUAUUUGUUGAUAAACUACGUGGUUUGGAGAAAAUGUAUAUCCAUAUGCAAAUUCUUUAUUAUAUGGCUUUUUAAUGACAGGCAGUGAAAACAACAAUGUUUCUGUUUCAUUAACAAUCCCAAUAAAUCAGUUAUCUCCCUUCA